AUGUCUACAAACUACCUAGACAACACCGUAACCACCGGCAGCAGCUCCAGUGGCCCCAAGAGUGACUUCCUCCACCCUAUCAUGACCGAGGAGGAACACAACAUCGCCAGAGCAGCAGCCCGCUUUGGCUACGGCCCCUUAGCCAAGCUCAACCCGACAGAGACAUAUCUGCCUGCCUUUGGCGGAGAGUUCCAGCCUGGCCUCUACAAAUCUGUCGAGUCUCGCAAAAUCGCCAACCCUGCACCACUGGGCCUGAGCGCUUUUGCACUCAGCGUCUUCGUGCUAAGUGCCAUCAACAUGCAAGUACGGAAUAUCAAGGAACCCAAUAUUGUUGUUGGUCUUGCCUUUGCGUAUGGUGGUUUGGUGCAGUUGGCAGCGGGCAUGUGGGAGAUGGCCAUUGGAAACACAUUUGGUGCUACAGCGUUAUCAUCAUACGGCGGCUUCUGGAUGUCAUUGGGCAUCAUCCUGACCCCUGGCGGGUUCAGGAUCCAUGAACAGCUCACUGAGAAAGACCCGAGCAUGUUCGCCAACUCUUUCGGUCUCUUCCUGAUUGGCUGGUUCAUCUUCACCACGAUCCUCCUCUUCUGCACCCUAAGGUCAACAGUGGUGUUCUUUUCGCUCUUCUUUUUUGUCGACAUCACCUUGCUUCUCCUGGCAAUUGGGUACCUGCAUCACGAUAUACAGGGCAAUCCCAACACCAAGGUCAUCAAGGCCGGCGGCUUCUUCGGCCUAUUCACUUCCUUUAUCGCCUGGUACAAUGUUCUGGCCGGUAUUGCUGAUACAAGCAAUAGCUUCUUUAUCAUUCCUGUUCUCCAUUUUCCGUGGUCUGCUACUGGGCGCGUAGUGAGAAAGAAGGGGAAGAAGGAGGUCGCUUGA